AUGGUUUCACCAGGAACCAUUGCAAUACCUCUUCUUCGUUUUCCAGGAAAGCUAUACAGGGAGGAUCACACUUUCUUCAAGGUCAUCGUAGGUAAUAUCAACGCCAAAAUUAACUCCAGAAGAACGGCUAAGGAGUCAGCUACUGUUGAUUCUGAUGACGAGCAGACUGAAGAUGGGGAUGAUGUAGCUUAUGCACUUUCUUCGGCAUCAGGAACAGAAUCUGACACCAAUAUCUCGGACGAUGGAGACAGUAUGGAUUCUUGGUCAAGUGAAAUUGAAGAACACGAUAGAUUCACUUUCGAUGAAGACUACGGUGUACACGAUGAUGUCUGCAGUUGUGGAGAUCCAAUCGAUUUCUUCAAAUUGUUGGGCAAAAGCUGCCGCAGUUGGGGACAUCUUCACUGA